AUGAAGGUCACGCUGAAAGAAUGGAGCGCCAUCGCUACCUGGCACUGGGACAUGCCCGAGGAUGAAGUCUGUGGUAUCUGUCGCGUUCAGUUCGACGGCACCUGUCCAACCUGCAAAUUCCCCGGCGAUGACUGUUCGCUCCUACUUGGCAAAUGCGGCCACUCGUUUCAUAUGCAUUGUCUUAUGACCUGGAUUCAACAAGAAUCUUCCAAGGGACUGUGUCCGAUGUGUCGCCAGAAGUUCGAGUGGAAACAGACGGAGGAGUGA